AUGAAUCUCAGUGCACUUCUUGGUCUGUUGACCUUUGCGGCGGCAGUCUCCGCAGAUCCAAAGGCCCGACAAUCUCCUCAUUCUUCAGAUUCCAUCGCUAAUCUGAAGAGCAAGAUCAAGCAUGUUGUCAUUUUGGAAAUGGAAAACCGCUCUGUGGACAACCUGCUUGGCGGGCAGACUCUUAAGGGACUGGAUAACCCCAUCAACAACGGUCCUUUCUGCAACCCAUACAACUUGACCGAUCUCUCAGCUGGGACAGUGUGUAGCGCUGCUAAGGACUUUGACUCCGUUCUAGAUGAUCCCGAUCACUCGGUGACUGGAAACAAUAUCGAGUUCUAUGGCACUUUUGCCCCUAGCAAUACCCAUAUUGCCCAGGGCAAGCUCACGCCCAGGCAGCAUGGCUUUGUGCACGAACAGCUGCGUAGCUAUGGCGAUGAUGCCGACAAGGCUUAUUUAGCCAAACAGGUCAUCAACUACUAUAUUGAGGACGAGGUGCCGGUAAUGACCGAGCUGGUGCAGAACUAUCUCACCUUCAACCACUGGCAUUCGGACCACCCCGGCCCCACCAACCCCAACCGGGCAUUUGUACUCUCAGGUACAUCCGCUGGACACGGCACCAACGAUAACGACUUCAAUGUCCACGGCCUCACUCAGCGUUCCAUCUUCCAGCAGCUCUCAGAAACCAACCACACUUGGAAGAACUACUACACAAGCUCCAAUAUGGUUGACGCCUACUUCUUCGAUUGGACCUUUACAAGUGGCAAUUCCGACAAAGCAGUUCCCCUGAGUGACUUCUACGCCGAUGCGGCAGCCGGAAAGCUCCCAGAAUUUUCCUUUGUUGAUCCUAACUGCUGCGGGGUCGGCACAAACUCAAUGCACCCAACUGGGCUUGUCUCGGAUGGCGAACUGCUCAUCAAGAAUGUCUACGACGCAGUCCGCUCUAGCCCGCAGUGGGAGGAGACGCUAAUGAUCCUCACCUUUGAUGAGACGGGCGGUUUUCACGACCACGUCCCACCCCCGCUGGCUACUCGCCCGGAUGACCUGACCUACACUGAGAUAGCUCCCAGCGGCGAGAAGUAUACGUUCUCCUUCGAUCGUCUCGGUGGUCGAGUCCCGACUCUCUUGAUCUCGCCUUGGGUUGCUAAGGGUCAAGUUGAACAGAAAGGCACUAACUCGGAUGGCAAGACCGUGUCUUACUCUGCUUCUUCAAUCCUGCGCACCCUCGGCUAUCUCUGGGAAUUUGAGCCUUUCACGCCUCGCGUUAAAUCAUCGCCUUCAUUUGAGCAUCUCAUUCAGAAUACAGCACGCACUGAUACCCCUCUUACAAUGCCGAUUCCUAAGGCCUUUAGAAAGACGGAGAUUUAG